ACGCCAUUGGAGACACAAGACAAGAUGAAGAACAACCUCACAUAUUCUGGUCACUUUCCCUUUGCGCCCUAGCUAGCUCGUCCUCGUAAUAUAUUCCGGGUUGCCAACUCGUAAGAGGCUUUUUUACAAAGAAAAUGACGAUGCUUAAUAAUAAUAUGAGCUCUCUGGCGAUUAUAAUCAGGGUUGUAAUGGUGGCGGCGGUGAUGGUUACGAUGACGACGGUGAGGGUCGGGGAAGCAAUGGCCCACGGGUGCAUGUCGGAGUGCGUACCGCAAUGCGAGAGAGAGACGGGCGGUUCGUCGCCGGAGUGCGUUGAAGCUUGCUCUUCCUUAUGCAUCAACGUCAUGGGGAUCGCCGCCUCGGAAUCGUCGAUGGUGCCGGUGCAAUCUCCGGUUGCUGAUGUAGCUAGUGAAUUGAAUAUAUAGUUUUUUUUUUUAAAUAAUUCUUUGUUUUGUUUCUGUUAUUUUUGUAAUUGAAAGCUAGCCUCUAUCUAUCGAUUACAAUUACUUAUGCGAAAUUAUUGGAAGGUAUGGAUUGGAAUGCAUAUAGAAGGUAGCGGUUAUUUCAUGUUUCAAUCCGAUAUAUAUGUGUGAUCGUUACGACUAUGAUAAUAGGAUAUUUGUUGAAACUAGUAGCAUUGCAUGCAAUCUACCCGUUUCUCGAAAGAGGUGGUAAUGUCCAAACAACAGGGGUAGAACAGAGAGCGACGACACUCUAAUUGGGUGUUAUACAUGAAAAAAAAUCAUUAAUUUAUAAUUGCGUAAAGAAAAAUAGAAAUGUUAUGUGUUUGAUUUAAUGUGUGAUUAAUAUUAAUAUUAUUUAUUUUGAAUAUAUCGUCCAUAGCUGUCUAUUCUAAUUGACUAGAUAACGAACUUAACAAAUUCUCAAAUAACGAACAUCAGCAACUACAAUAUAGUUUAAGAACCAUUGAUGUUCGAGAUCUACAAUUAAUCCACUCAGUAAAUGAAAAUCUCCUUCCACAUAUUACAGUAUGUUAGUUCACCAUUUGCCCUAAAAUUCUGCCAUUUAGCCCUAAAAUUUUCAUCCAAUUUCCUAAACAUAAGCUUUAAUGCAUGGAAAUUGGAACAAAUACUUAACCAUGUCUUAGUAAAUGAAAAAAUCUCAUGUGGUUCUGGAGUGCUUUGGCUUUCCAUAAAAUAAAAUUCCUAUU